AUGAAGGUCAUCUCUGUAUCCUCUCCAUCCAGUCUCUGGACGACCAUACGUUCGGUUGGCGUAUUCAAUAUUGGUUGUUCAUUCAUUGCAUUGUGGGCCUUCGUCAAAGUCCUAAGGGCCCUUCGCUGGCGAUUGAAGACGACUCAACUGCGGGGUCCGCCUCGUACCAGUUUCGUAUAUGGUGUUUUGCAGGAACUCGCCUCAUCUAAAGAUGGUGGUGAAAUGUAUGAACGUUGGGCGACAGAACAUGGGGUAGCAUAUAUGAUUCCAAGCGUCCUCGGACAGACAAGAAUCGUGCUCUGUGACCCAAGAGCCAUAGCACAUUUCUGGGCCCGAGAGACAUGGACAUAUGUACUGACGCCCCUCUCGUUGGUGCUUCAGGAGAGCGUUGUUGGCAGAGGGCUCUUAUGGGCUCAGGGUGAAGACCACAGGAGGCAGCGGAAGGCCCUCACUCCAGCAUUCAGUAAUACAGCGAUUCGGAAACUCACAUCAGUGUUUUAUGACUCAGCUUACAAGGCUAAAUGUGCAUGGGAUAUUGCUAUGGAAUCGAGUAAAGAUGGCGACGCUAUCAUCGAAGUUCAGAACUGGAUGAAUCAUAUAUCUCUGGAUACGAUUGGCAUUGCUGGUUUCUCCCAUGAUUUUGGUUCGCUCGAUGGAAAGCGCGCUAGCGUGACCGAAGUGUUUGAUACUUUUGGAAACAACCAAAAAGCUUCAGUAUUGAAUCCAGGUCUUCUGCUUGCAUUGGCGUUUCCCGUCAUUAUUAAGAUUCCCAACAAGCGGAUGAAUCUGGUCAAAAAACUUGGCGUAGCCAUGGAAGAAAUAUCCAACGAGUUAUUCAUUCGCAGCCGCCGGGAGAAGGAUGCGAAUACGAGCGGGAGAGACGAGGAGAAGUCCAUCAUCGGAUUGCUAAUUAAUUCCGAAGGCCAAGAUGCCCCGCUUCAAAUGUCGAAGGAGGAAGUAGUGGCUCAGAUGAAGGUCUUGCUUCUCGCGGGUUACGAAACGACGUCAACCGCUCUUACGUGGGCGCUGAUCGAGCUAUCACGACACCUCGAUGCCCAAACCAGCCUCAGAGAGGAACUGCUUGCAUUUGGCCCCGAUCCGACAUAUGAUCAAUUGAAGGCCAAUCUCCCAUACUUGGAUGCGGUUGUCCACGAAACUCUACGACUCCAUCCUCCGCUGCGCGAGUUCACUCGUGUUGCAGCGGAAGACGAUGUUAUUCCCUUGAGCGAACCUGUGCGCACGGAAUCUGGGGGAAUGACGGACAGUAUAUCUAUAGCGAAAGGGACAUUGAUCACGAUACCGGUCGCAGCGAUCAAUCGCUCUUCGACCAUCUGGGGACCUGACGCAAAGGAAUUCAAGCCUGGUCGUUGGCUGACUGAAGGCGGGAUCAGUGGGAAGGCCAAGGAAGUCCAUGGUCAUAGGCAUUUGCUGACAUUUAUCGACGGCCCGAGGACGUGUCUUGGAAAAGAUUUUGCGAUCGCCGAAUUCAAGACGGUUUUAUUGGUUCUGGUAAAGAACUUUGUGUUUGAGAUGCGGGAUGGAUCUGAUACUCCAAGUCGAAGUUGUGAGGGGACUUUUAUUCCGUCCGCGGGUUGUUGGAGAGGAUGGUAUUGGGGUACCUUGAGAGUUCGUCGGUAUGAAUGA